AGCACGGUGGGAAAUUCUGACCACGUGACGUCCUCUCUUCUACCAGCCGCCAUCAUGGGUCGUAUGCACGCGCCCGGAAAGGGUAUUUCCUCCUCAGCCCUCCCGUACCGCCGCAGUGUGCCCACGUGGCUGAAGCUGUCUGCAGACGAUGUGAAAGACCAGAUCUACAAGCUGGCCAAGAAGGGCCUCACACCCUCACAGAUAGGUGUGAUCCUCCGUGAUUCCCAUGGAGUGGCUCAGGUCAGGUUUGUGACGGGAAACAAGAUCCUGCGUAUCCUGAAGUCCAAGGGCCUGGCACCCGACCUCCCCGAGGACCUGUACUUCCUCAUCAAGAAGGCCGUGUCCAUCCGCAAACAUCUGGAGAGGAACAGGAAGGACAAAGACGCCAAGUUCCGCCUUAUCCUUGUGGAGAGCCGUAUCCACCGGUUGGCACGCUACUACAAGACCAAGCUGGUGCUGCCACCUAACUGGAAGUAUGAGUCAUCCACUGCCUCGGCCCUGGUAGCGUAAACACUCAUUCCUAGAAAUAUCCUGAAAUAAAAAGG